AUGGCGCGCAAACGUAAAGUCGUAGAUGAGAAGUCUGCGCAUACUGGGUCUACUGCCCCAGCCAGCGAUGCGACAGACCCCGCCGCGAAGAAACGAAAGAUUGACUGGUCGACGGUAGACAACUUUCCUGGCUUCAAAGUCAUAGGCGUCGACACCAAGGCACGAAAGAAGCCAGGUAAAGCUUCAAAUACACAAGAAAAGCGCAAUACAAAUAGUUGGGAGCACCACAAAUACCCUGGUCACCUUAUGCCUUUGGACGCAGAUAUCGUACAGCCAAAUCCAUUCCAAGGAGCUCCACUGGGCGACCUCCAUGUCAAGAUCUCACCUGCACGAUACUGGGAGAGUACAAACCGCUAUCGCAAGUUUACUAUAAACGGUGAAGAAUUUCAAGUUGGCCAGAUGGUCUUUGUGAGAAAAAGCGAACAGGAUCACGUAGAGGAGGGACCAAACUCAAUCCAGCACUGGCUCGCCAAGGUGCUUGAGGUACGCGCCGGAGACGCCUCUCAUGUCUACCUCAGAGUAUUUUGGGCAUACCGACCGGAGGAUCUACCAGGUGGCCGGCAACCGUACCAUGGCAGAGCCGAGCUGAUAAUCAGCAAUCACAUGGACAUAAUAGAAGCCGUCACAGUAGAAUCUUCUGCAGAGGUGGUACAUUGGAACGACGACCCAGACAGCAUGGCACUUCUGGCAGACCAGCUGUUCUUCCGUCAAAGCUACGAUAUCACAAAGAAGACCAAUCGUUUAAGCAAACUGAACACCUAUUGCAUCGACAAGCAGCCCAGCAAUCCGGACGAGCUUCUUGUCCAGUGUCCACAUUGUUCAGAAUGGCUUCACGCAGGCUGUCUGAAAGAGCGAGCGCUCCAAGACCUGAGCGCAAAACAAGUGGCGUCCCCACCAAAACCAAAGAAACGAGGUCGGCCCAGCAAGGGCGAACUUGCAUCGAGCCAGAGCAAAGCCACACACACCUUCGAGGCAAAGAUCAAGGGAGGCAGCAAGACUCGCCUCACAAUCAUGGAGAAGCAUGAAGGAAAGACCAAACGGAAGUGGGAUGUAGACAUAUCGUGUCUCAUGUGCGGCGAAAUAAUUGAGAAGGCUGGAGAAGAUACAUCAGAGAAGGCUGGAGAAGAUGCAUCAGAGAAUGCUGGGGAAGAAUCACCAGAGAAGGCUGGGGAAGAUACAUCAGAAAAGCCUAUGACUUCGACUCCAGUCGCUCAAGCCAGCGAUGAUGCAGACGUCAAAGAUAUGACCACUCCUACUAAGGCAUCUGGUGUUGGCAAAACGUCAACCCGGGAUGGUGAGGCAGACUCAGUCAUCAGUGACGCAGACGACGAUCAAGAAGUUGAGGUCGAAGAUGCGCCAACAGCUGAUACUGAGUCAAAGGGACCAAGGAAGAGAGGUCGUCCCCUCGGAUCCUUAGGAAAGAAGAGGAAACGCGCUUCUUACAGGUCGAUCAAGAAAGCUACUUCACUACAUACACAGCGUCUCAAAACAGAGACUGGCAAGGAGGGCUCUCCUCCAGAUGCUGUACAAGACAUGGAUACGAGUGCGGUGGUGGUAGCGACUACUACAGCAACAACGGCUUCCGAAUCUGCCGAGGACGCGACAGUGACGACCAAGUCUGAACCUACGGAAGAGGUGUCUACAAUCGCUACACUUAAGACACCUGCUCCAGCCUCCAUCAGUGAAUCCGUCUUCCAAUCUGGUGUACGAUCCAUGAAGCGACUGCUUUGGCGAGCAUGA